AUGCCAUUCUCAUAUCCACAACCACGCAGAAUCGCUGUCUGCUUCUGGAGCCCAAACAUCUCACUAAACAAGCCCGACAAGUCCAACAUUCCACGCAUUUCGCUCCUCACCAGCACUCAUUGGUCAUUUCGGCCGUGGUACCUGAUCAGCAGAAGCCACACCGCAUUCGAGACAGGCCCUCCAGCUUCUAGGAAAUUUCCCCCAAGCGGUCGGCUGCGCAAGCCUUCUGUCUCAGCACAAGACAGGCCGGUGGUCGCAGUCAAUCCAGCAGUCUAUCUUCGGUUUCUCAAUCAUCAAUUCUUCUGCUGUUUACGACGUCUUACAGGCCAGGCCCCUUGUUGUUGCCUCGUCGAAUCACAUAUUUGGUUGCUCCGAGUACAGGAUAAAUUAGUUGCAAAAAUAGCAAAACAAGCAGCCCCUCUGUUUUGCGUGCCCGGUUCGUCCGAAUCGCUCUGCUUGGGGGAAACUACAGCACUCUCACCAUGA